AUGACUCACUUGAUCAGUAUCUUAAUCCUUCUUCUCAAAAUUUACGCGACCAAAUCCUGCGCUGGAAUCUCUCUCAAGACUCAAGAGCUGUACGCGCUAGUGUUCUUGACUCGGUACUUGGAUCUGCUCACGGAUUACGUCUCUCUCUACAACAGCGUGAUGAAGAUUGUCUUCAUCGGCAGCUCUUUGGCAAUUGUUUGGUGUAUGCGUAGGCAUCCACUUGUGCGGAGAUCAUACGAUAAGGACCUGGACACAUUUCGUCAUCAAUACGUUGUGUUAGCAUGCUUUGUUUUGGGGCUUGUCCUGCAUGAGAGAUUCACAUUUCAAGAGAUAUUCUGGGCGUUUUCUAUUUACUUGGAGGCAGUUGCAAUCCUUCCCCAGUUGGUUCUGCUACAGAGAAGUGGGAAUGUGGACAAUUUGACUGGACAGUAUGUUCUCUUUCUCGGGGCCUAUCGUGGAUUAUAUAUCAUCAACUGGAUCUAUCGCUAUUUCACAGAAGAUCAUUUCACUAGAUGGAUCGCUUGUGUCUCUGGUCUCAUCCAAACAGCUCUCUACGCAGAUUUCUUCUACUACUACUACUUAAGCUGGAAAACCAACACCAAACUUAAGCUUCCGGCUUGA